AUGUCCCCAAGACGCUACACGUGCAGAUUGGUUCUAGCACCGCCUUCCGAGGUGCCAGAGCAGGCUGGACCUCCUGAGGUGCCAGAGUCAGCUAGGCCUAGCGAGGUGCAGGAGUUACGAGCACAAGUGACCGCACUAGCUGGUCAGUUUGGGCGGCUCCAGGAGCUAAUGGAGCGGCAAAUGGCAGCGGCGGCUCCAACGACGACUGGAGGUCGUGACCCACCCGCACUCUCGGUGCGCGUGCCCGAAGCAGCUGAGGGUGAGGGCAUAGCGGCGGUUCCGGUGGCGCCGCGUCCCCCGCCGGCAAGUGUUCUUCCGGCGGCUUCGGGUUCGGCAACACCCGAUGCGGCGGUCGAGAAAGUGGAGCGGGAGCGUUCAUUGACGGCUCUUAUCCGGUUCAAGAAGUUUAAUCCACCUAUCUUUGAAGGGGAGAAGAUGGAGCCGUCGAUGGUGGAGUCGUGGAUCAACUCAAUGGAGACGCUCUUUAAAGACUUGUACACCGUAGAGAAGGACGAGGUGUAUCUCGCCGCUCAUUGCCUUGAGAAGUCGGCGAAGGUAUGGUGGAAGCGGGUGAAGCGAGAUCAGCCUUCUGACUUUCUACCUAUGCUAUGGGAGGAGUUUAAGAGGGUGAUGUUCGCCAACUAUUUCCCCGACACGCUCACGACGUUUGUAGAGGUUUUCGAUCGAGCAUUAUGGGCGGAGCAUGGCAAUGCCCACGUGCAAGAGGAGCGUGAGUUGAUGGCCGAGUCGAGGAAUAAGGGGAAGAAGCGACCAGGUGGUGGUUCGGGGGGUCAAUCGGGUUUCAAGAAGCCCCCGAAGCAUCCGCGAGCGCAGUCUGAGGGCCGUGAAGUGCAACGGUGUGUUAUUUGUAGUGGAGACCACCGAGCGACGCGUUGCGAGCAACGCCAGGGGAGGUGUUAUGAAUGCGGCCAGGCGGGACACAUAGCCCGUGGUUGCCCGAGGAAGGCCUUGCCUGCCCCAUCUGUCGCAUCGGCACCAGCAACGCCAGGGCCUUAUGGAGGAGCUCCACCUACUGCCGUGUCUGCCGGACGCGCUAUGGUGCCGCGUCAGCCUGAGCCGACCCGGUCUGCUCCGAGUAGCCGGGUGUUUGCCGCGCAAGUCGAGGAACCUGCCGAGGUUGAGGCGCGCGACGUCAUGGUAGGUAUGGUUUAG